AUGACCGCCGAACCGCACAACGUCAGACAGCAUCCUACAUACUGGUUCAACGAUGGUUCCUUAGUCAUUCGAUCACGCAGCAUGAGCAAUGGGGAGGUUUGCUUCAAGUUGCAUGAGAGCUUGUUGCGUCGACAAUCCCGCUUUGUUCAAAGGAUGCUAGAUAGCGGGACUAGCACCGAUUCUGAAGUAUUAAUUCCGCCAGAACUUGGCGUUCAAGUCCAAGAUUUCACAGCGCUGCUGGAGCAUCUAUACCAUGAUAUUCCUCUUUCCGCUGAAGCGCCCUUCUCGCAUGUUGCGGCGAUCCUACGUGUCUCUUCCUCGAAUCAGCUUGAUCUGCCCGGUGUUCACAUGUCAGCUCGGGCUUACUUUGUAUCGAUGUUUCCACAGGGACCUCAGCCAUUCGCACAUCCUAGUAGUCAUCUAACAGAGGCACUGGCACUUGUGCAGUCGUAUCAGAUUCCCUUGAUCAGGAAGGGUAUAUAUUACAGCCUUGUGACGACUUCUGAAUUCGAACCCGAGGACGAUGAGUUGGAUCUGGAAAUUUUCAUUAAACCAAAUGGUUUGCCAGGGUCAUCGCCCACGCCACGCCUCAUUCUACCCCCUACAGAUGUCGAGCGGUGCAGAAGUCUGAUGACUGGCAUCGUGGAACAUUUCACUCCUGUUUUAUUCACACCACCUGCAACUCCUCAUAUGGCAUGUACAGACGUGUUUGCGGACAAAUGGAUGACGCUCGUAAUAGCGCCCGCAAUAUCUAACUCUGGUGUCUGCAAACCACUCGAAAUGCUUGAGCAAGUUAAGCAAAUCGACUGGGCCGCCGAGGGCUUAUGUGCUGCGUGUGUCAGAGAAAAGACACAGGAGUGGACACAGGAGCAGGAAGAUGUAUGGGAGAAAAUGGACUUGUGGUUGAAUCCGGAGGGUACAAAGCAUUCCCUUGUUUGA